AUGAAUGAGACAGAUAAUAAUGAUAAUAAUAAUAAUAAUUUAUCAGGAGGAAAAAUAAAAAACGUCAUUGAUAAGAAAACAAGAGAGAAAGAUAUUGAAAUAUGGGAAAUAUCCGGUUUGGAUUCGGAUUUCGAACCGCGUUCGAAACCGUCGGAAAUAAUAAAAAAAUUAGAAGAAAAAAAAAAGGCAAGACACGAUAAAUUAAUAAAAAAUUUAAUGAAGGAUUUUAACAAAAUAAAUGAAGACGUUGAGAAAAAUAUAAAAAUAUCAUCGAUGGAAUUCAAAGGACAUUUAAAUUAUUACGUUGAUGAAUUAAAUGAGAUAAUUAAUAAAAUGGAUGGUCCAGAGAUAGUCAAAGCGAGUAAUGCAACAUUUAAAGAAAUCGAAAAGAAAUCAAUGGAUAAUAAAUUAUUAUUACACGACAUGAUAAAAGAAUUACAUAACGAUUUAAAUAAAUUCGAAGAUGAAAGAUGUAAAAAAAAUAAAAAAUUAUUACACGUCAAAUGCGAAGAAAUACGUCGUAACGGUUUUUUUUUACCAUACGAAUUACAAUCAUUUGUAGAAAAUGAAAUUCUGAAAAUGAAUCAAUUAUCGUUAAACAAUAGAAGAUGUUAUGCCGAUCUUAAAUUGAAUCUCGUUUUACUCACGGAAAAUUCAUUUAAAACGUUUUUUCAAAAACUUUUAUGCACACAAGAAAAAUGGGUUCAAACCAUGAUUGACAAAGCUCUUUUAAAAAUGCAUACCGUAUCGAGUAAAUGUAUAAGAUUCGAAUUAAAAAGUUACGAAUUACCAUUAAUCCCAUCACCUGAUGACGUAUAUAAUUAUUGCAAUAUAAAUAAUUGGACGGAUAACGUUAAUAAAGUAUCCAAAGCCAUAGAAAAUUACGGUAAAGAUUUAUUGGAUUUAUAUAAGAAAACAUUAAAUUCGAUUUACGAUGAUUUCAAUGGAGAAAUGAAUGGGAUAAUGGAUAAAUUAAAUUCGUUUGAAUUUUUGGAUAUAAAAAAACGUUUUAUAAAACCCGUCGCGUUCGAAACUCAAAACGGACAAUCUAAAGAAAUUGAAUACAUGGAGUUUUUCUGGCAAAAAAAUCUUUACGAAAUGAAAGGGACGAUAAAAGAUGUCGUUAAAUUUUUAAAAGAUGUCGGAAAUUUAUGGCAACAACACGACGAAAGAAUAAACGAAACGAAAAAAUUAAUAUUGAAAGCAUUGGAAAAAGACGAUGAAAACAAUCGAAUUUUUUUCGACGAAACGGAAAUAAAAUUAAAUAUAGCACUCGAUGCUCUACGACAAGAACACGUAAUUGAAAAAAUGGAUAAACAAUAUGAAAACAUCGUCGCCAUAUUGAAUUCGAUAAAGGAAAAGUACGAAAAGGUUUAUGUAAAUCAAGUUAACAUAAUAGAAGAUUAUUACGAAAUGAUGAAAAUCGAAUGCGAUUUAUUAUCGGCGGAAUUACAAGAAUUCAUACAUUUUAUUUAUCCUAUGGAAAUGGAAAAUAGAAAUAUUCAUAGAUAUAGUGAUCAACCGAACGUGUCGUUCGAAGAACGUUGUUUAAUUAAAGAAAUCAUCAAAUGUAGCCAACAGAUAAAAACUUUGAAAACUUGGAAACAAGGAGUGUGGUUGGCAAUGGAAAAUUUAUCGUUGAAAACGUACGAUUGUUUAGAACCGAGAAUAGAAAAUUGGAUUUGUAGGAAAAUAGAUAAUCUAUCGGAGAAAAUGACGUUGAAAUUGGAAAUACUCGAUAAGAGAUACGAUAGAAUUAAAAUUGAAAUACUUGAUAAAAGGAAAAACGAAAUUAAAUAUCACAAAGAGAUUUUCGAAAGUCAUAACGAGGGCGUUAAAAACGAAUUUAAAAAAAUGAAAGAUAAAUUUGAAUAUUUAUGCAUUAACGAAAAUGAUAAAUUAAAUGAAGAUAUUGAUUAUUUAAAAUAUGUCGAAAUGAAUGCAAUAAGAGAAUGUCGUCACGGCGCCAUUAACGCCAUGAUAAUAACGUUGGGAAAUAAGAAAACGGAAGUAGAAGAAUGUUUAAAAUUUAUUUUUGAAAAUUUUAAAACGGAUUGCGAAUUGAAAACGGGAAAUGUUAAAAAUUCAAAUGUUAAUUACAUGAAAGGAAUCAAAAUGUUUUACGAAGGUGGAAAUUACAGUGCGGAAGAAGCGAAAAUAUUAAUUGGAAAAUUAGAAAUAUUAGAUAAAGAUAUCACAACGGAAUUGAAAAAUUUUUUAAAAGAUGUUGAUAAAUAUGAAAUGGAUUUAAUUAAAAAAUAUUCGUCUAAUUAUACGGAAACCAUUGCUUUAUUGAAUGAUUUAUACGAAGAAACGUUAUUUCAUUUCCAAAUUAAAGCCGGAUUUAUGGAACUCAACGAAAACGUAAAUAAUAUUUUAGACGAAUUUAAAUCGGAUUUUAAUUUAUUCGAAUGCGAAGUUAAUAAUUUUUUCAAAUACAUAAUUCACAAUGAAAACGACGAACCUUUGGAAAAUCAAAAUCAAUACGUUUGGUCUUCCAUACUCGAAUUACUAUACGGAAACAUAUCGAAUUUAUUUUAUCAAAUAAAAUUUUCAUCGUCUUCCAAUGCAAGUGAAAAUUUUGAAGUGGAGAGUAAAGGCGAAGCAGACGACGACGACGACGACGACGACGACGAAUACAAUUAUCCGAAUUUUUGCAUGGAAUAUUCGAAACAGGGAAAUAAAAUAACACUUUCGCAAAUGUCGACAUAUAGAACGAACGAAACUCACGGCGUCAUGGAUUCUUCUUUCACGAAUUGCAAUUGGAAAUUGUUUAAAAGUAGAGAACCGCCGGAAAACGAUGGAACAUUCAUAUCGAUCGUAUACAAUUGUAUUUGGUUCGCAUUGGAUUACAUUCAGAAAUUAGCAUGCAAUUUUUAUAAAAAAAACAAAGAAAACGAUUUGAAAAGAAGAGAUUUAUUGGAAUUGAAUUACGAAACUUUUGCGAAAAAAACUUUGUCGACAUUUCGUAAUUAUAAAAUUCAAUGCGAAAAAAUUUGGAUGAAAACGAUCGUAGAUUAUGAAAAUUCAACAAAUUCUCUUCUCGAUAAUUUCGAAAACGAAUUCGUGAACGUACUCGAUUGUCAAACUCAAAAAAAUAAUAAUUUAUUUAAAUCCUUCGAAAAUAAAUUACUUCCACUUCACGGUCAUCCGAACAACAAAGAUUUAUUAUUUAAUUUAGAAGAGGAAGUCAUUGAGAAAACAUCGGUUUUGGGACUUAAAUGGGAUGACGUCAUAAUUAAAUAUAAGAAUCAAUUGAAAUGUUUUCAAAUACACCACGUGAAAAACGAAAGAGAAAUCGAAAAUAUAAAAUCCGAAUAUUUGUAUUUGAGGGAUAAAAUAUUUAACGACGAUUUAGGGAAUAACCUGUUGGAAGCAUUGAUGAAAAUAACGGAGAAGAAAAACGACAGCGAGGAAAACGACUUGGAAAACGUGGAGGAUUACACCGUCAACAUCGUUUCUCCGUGCGCGGAAUUACAUCUCGCGUUGAAAUUAAACGAAAUAAAUCUAUCGAGUUUAUCCCUUUACUCGACGAUAUUGAAAAAUUUCGUCAAACGACAGAAAAAUUUGCUGUUGCCUCAACAAUCGCAAUCGUCGUCAGAAAUCGACGAUUACGUCCGAAACAUUAAAUUGAAUUCAUUGGAAAGCGCAUUGAAAUUGAAAAAAUUACAAUCGGACGAAUGUUCGUAUGCGAUUUGUCGCGGACAAUUCGACGACAACGAAUUUUUUUUACCCUCAUUCGACAUGCAACAGGAAAUAAACGAAUUGUUUUGUAAAAUGAAUAAGAGGUUGAAAAAAAUGAAGGAAUUUGCGGAAACGAAAUCGAAUUCGCACGAAACCGAAUUGUUCAAAUGGUUGAACGUAUGGAAAUUCAACGUGAAAAAAAUUAAAAAACUCUACUCAGUCAAAUACGGAGGAGGAGGAGGGGAUGAGGAAAUUGAUGAAAAAUCACAAUCGAAUUUUUCCCACGUUGAUAUCAACAAACCGAAAACCGUUUUAUUAAAAACAAGUGACAGUGUGACUUCGACUUCGUCCAUACUCUGCCCACCAUCGAUCGAACUCGAUACAAAAGACGAUAACAACAACACUCUUGAUUGUACGGAAAAAGUAGAAAGUCCUAUACAAAAAAAUAGACCGAUUUCAGAUGAAAUUAAAAAACGUCCGGUUUUAAUAAAAACAAAUUUGUACAAAAUGUCACCGCCAAUCACGAGAUCGGGAUCCCCGUUGAAAAAAAAUUCACCGAAAGAAAAAUCGAAUAAAAUCAAAACGAUAACAUUAGAACAAGAAAAUAAAAAAAAAACAAAGUCGAACGUUUCGAGGUCUCCGUCACCGAUAAAAAAACCAACGACGACGUUGGCAACGCCGACAAGUUAUAAAAGAACGCAAACAUCAUCGUCGAUAAAAAAUUAUGAAAAAAAUUCAAAUUAUAAUAACAAACAUCGGAACGUGGAAGGUUGCGUGCAAAAUUCAAGUCCGAGAUUGGAUGGAGCAACGAAAAGAAAAUCCAAAACGAAAAUAUUGAGCAUAUCGAACGUGGAAUGUUCGGCGAAAGAAAAUUCAACGACGCACAAAGAACAACAAGAAAGGAAAUUGUGCGAAAUGGAAAAUGUCAUACUCAAACAAUUGUCUCAACCGAGUUUGAACAAAACGGAAAAAACGAUUCGUUCGCAGGAAAAAUUAUCACUCGUGAAUUUGAAAAAUGCGGGAGAGCACACCGGUGGAGAUCACAAAAGUUUAUCGUUCGAAAAAGUACAAUUGUGCAUCGAGAAAACUUUGGAAAACGUCAACAACGUGGGACAAAGUAAAAGUAGUUACCUCGUGACGUACUCGUCGGAAAAUUUAAAAAGCGACGAAGAAAUAUCGUUUUCAAUAUUGCAAAACAUAACGAGUAAAAGCGCGACGAGUUUGUCGAAUAAAGACGUCGCGAUGAAAAAAUCGAGGGAUGCCAUUUUAUCGGUGUCCGGUGAAGAACUCGUGCUAUCGCCAUCUUUAAAAUUAGAAAUCGAUAAAACGGAAAUCGGCGACGACGAUAUCAACAUAACGGAAUUACUCAAACAAUCUCCGGAUAAUUUCGACGAUGUUAAAACCGUUCGCGUGUUUCAAGAUGAUGAUGAUGAUGAUGCCAACGAAUACGAUUCGGAAAUGUCAACGGACGGCGGCGAGAGUUUGGAAAGAUUUUCCGCGUGCAUUAAAGACAGCAAAACAAGCGAUGUUGAUAAAGUUUCCAUGCAAACGGCCAUUUGGAAAGAUAGAGAAGAGGAUUUGAUAUUGAACGACGUUGAUUACAGGCAAUCCGUGUAUCAUCCGGCUGUUUCCAGGCGACAGAAUAACGAAUGUGAUAACAUGGAUUUCAGUUCGGAAAGAAUACGUACGAAAAAACAAAGAGUUUCCGGUGCGUUAUUAAAAUACACAUUAAAAUUAAUAAGAUUGUUGGCACUGUUUAAUCUAUGGCCUGGAGAUUUCGGUCACAUGUUGACGGCCAAAUCGCUCAGGGGUUAG